GAGGGCGGCUUAGUGUGGGGGUGUGUGUGUGUGUGUGUGUGGAUAAUACUGAGUGUAGCAGGAGCAGGUUGGAGCAGAAGAGUCGAGACAUGGAUGGUGAGUGGAAGCGUGUAGUAGUGCCGCUGCUCUGUGCUGCUGGUGUGAGUGUUUUCCUGCUGAAAUGGACAGAACAGCAGAAGGUGAAGAGGAAACUCCAGAGAGCCAGAGAGAAAAGAGAGAAGGAGCUCGGACAGGCAGAGAAAGCCGUGAGCUGCUUUAAGACUCAGAAUGCUGGUGUUGAUUUGAGCUCCAUCGUGACUCUCCCACUGGCUGAGCUGAGUAAGCGGAUCAGAGGAGGAUCUCUGCAGCCUGACGCUGUACUCCACGCCUACAUGGAGAAGGCUUUGGAGGUGAACAAGAAACUGAACUGUGCUACUGCUGUCCUCACAGAGAGUCUGAAACAACUUGAAAACAUCGAGUCACACAAAGACGGCCUUCUCUACGGCAUUCCCUUCAGCAUCAAGGACAAUGUGGAUUAUGAGGGCUACGACUCUUCCUGUGGCGUGUUGACUAAGCUGGAUGAUCCUGCCGUUAAGGACAGUGUGGUGGUCUCAGUACUGAAGAAGCAGGGUGCAAUCCCCUUCAUCAAAACCAACAUCCCACAGGGUCUCCUCAACUAUGAAUGUAGUAACCCCAUAUACGGGAGGACGGUGAACCCCUGCAACCUCGAGAAGACGUGCGGCGGCUCUUCAGGAGGCGAGGGGGCUCUGAUUGCUGGAGGAGGAUCUAUUCUGGGUCUGGGAACCGACCUCGGAGGAAGCAUCCGCAUCCCAGCAGCCUUCUGUGGCAUCUGCGGCUUAAAACCCACAAACAAAAGGAUAAGCAUGCUUGGACUCUCUUCGUGUGUAAAAGGUGUGAAGACAGCCCUGUCUUCCAUUGGUCCUAUGGCCCGUGAUGUGGAGAGUCUGGCUCUGUGUAUGAGAGCUUUACUCUGCACAGACAUGUUCACAUUGGACCCUACGGUUCCUCCGAUACCAUUCAACCAAGAGGUGUACGAAAGCUCUGAGCCCCUGAGGAUCGGAUACUAUGAGAAUGACGGGUAUCUUCAGCCGUCUCCAAGCAUGAGCAGAGCCCUACGAGAGACCAAAGAGCUCCUGGAAAAAGCAGGACACACGCUAAUUCCAUUCAACCCUCCUCACGUAUUCACUGCCUUCCAUGAGUUUGUUGUGAGGGGAAACAUUGCGGAUGGAGCAGGCACAUUUUUAAAACACUUUAAGGAAGGCCCUGUCGAUCCGUGUAUGCAGCAUCAGGCCUCAAGCUGGGCUCUUCCCAAGUUUAUGAAGAAGAUGAUCUCUGUGCUCCUUAGACCUAUUUAUCCACGCAUGGCUGCAUUUAUACACGCCACUUGUGGAGUCGACUCUCCUGCAGAUCUGUGGAACCAGCACAAAGAGGCUGGGGAUUAUGUCCAUGAGAUGUUGGCUGAGUGGAGUAAGCUGGAGCUUGAUGUGCUGCUCUGCCCCAUGCUGGGACCAGCCUACAGCUUCAACUACAGCGGAAAACUCUUCAGCGCUCUGAGUUACGUCGCUCUGUACAACGUUCUCAACUUCCCUGUUGGAGUCGUUCCUGUCACUGAGGUCACGGCCGAGGAUGAAGAUCAGCUCAAACACUACACAGGAGACUUUGGAGAUGUUUGGGACAAGCUCUUUGUCAAGGCCAUACGAGGCGGUGUGGGUCUGCCGAUAGCAGUGCAGUGUGUGGCUCUGCCCUGGCAGGAAGAGAUGUGUUUACGUCUUAUGAGAGAAGUGGAAGAGCUCUGUGCCAAGAACAAACGCUCCAACACACACCACUAAACACACACUGACACUCACACACAUGCAUGUGGUCCCUGUGAAUGAGCAGUUACUAUAGAAACGAUAACGCAUUAGAACAAGUGCAUUAAUAUAAACCUGUGAUUUACGUUAAAGUCAGAACUACUGUCAGAGCUGCUGCUGUCGGAUCAGAUUUGAGAAAUCAAUAGCGAUACUUGUUCUACCAACAACAAGUCGUAUGAAGGUCCUAAACAUUUUAUUUUCUAAUCACAAAGUUUAUACAGUUAUAUCUUUGAUGAUGAUGUAAGUCAGUACUUGAGUUCGAUUGAGCUUGAUUAGCUCAUGAAGGUGUUUUUUGCACUUGUACUGGUAGCUAAAGAGGCGUGUCUCUGCAGAGUGGAGCGAGCUGUGAGUGGGCGGGGCACUUCGAAGCGGAGUACUGCUGCCGAUUGGUCAGUUUUGGUGCCAGAGGAUGUGUCUGGACAUUUGCUUGGUUAAUAUUUAUCAUCGUUAAAUAUCCCACUUGCACGUCUUCAGUAUGCAGAAAUACAAACCUGAUUAGUCCUUUCAAAACCGAUUUUAACAAGCUGCUUAAACCAGGUACUUUUCUGGCGUUAAUUGAUGAUGAAAAUCAUGAAAAUGGCACAAGCUUAUGCUAACAUUAUCACCUAAGCUACUUGACAGCUUUUAGCCGUGAACAUUUACAUUUAUUGGUAUCUUUAUAAAACAGGAAACAUGCAUCAAACACCUUUGCAAAACUAGAAACCACGUUGGAAUGAUUUUUCUAUUUGUCGUCAGUCAUGACACACACUGAUCAACCCUCACCUGAUUGUCAAAACACAACACAAUAAAGAACUAAGUGUCUAAUAAA